GCCCAUUAGAAAGCGAGCAACGCCUGAUUCUAUUGUGCACGACUACAUCCUCGACGUUCUCUCCUACAAGAGCAUGCAUUACAGAGAGCAGGAGGUGACAAAGGCGCAUAGCAAGACGUUUGAAUGGGUGUUUCAACAUUCAUCGCCCGAGGACUCUGAAGAAGUAGAGCACCAAUUUUCGACAUGGCUCCGAGGAGAAGAACUUGGCCCCAUUUAUUGGAUCACUGGAAAGCCUGGAUCUGGAAAGUCUACCUUUAUCCGCUUUCUCUUUGACCAUGAGUCUACAAUGAAGCGACUAAAAGUCUGGGCAAAGGGCAAACCAGUCUUUACGGCAGGCUUCUUCUUUUGGACCAGUGGAUCUCGUGAACAACGUUCGCAGGCCGGCUUGCUGCGUUCCUUGCUUCAUCAGUUUCUCUCAGCAUAUCCGGAACUGACUUCGGCAGCGUUUCCAAGUCUAUGGACGAAGCUCAAAAGCAUCGAUACAAAAGAGCGAGUUGCUCUGGAGUUGGACUUUUCCAUUGCCGAUUUGUUGGAGGCGUUUCAAGCGGCGAUUGAUGCGGCGAUGCCUCAAAUGAAUAUUUGUUUGUUCAUUGACGGGCUGGAUGAGUUUGAAGGCGAUCAUUUGGCAAUUAUUGACUUUUUCAAGAAUCUAUGCUUGGGAGAAAAGGGGCAGUCGAUCAGGAUAUGCCUGUCGUCUCGCCCGUGGGCUGUCUUUCAGAAUGCGUUUGAGUAUGCGGUGCCGAAUCUGAGACUGCAAGACCUUACUUAUGAAGACAUGUAUCGGUACACCAAGGAUAGGCUGCGGGAAAACACUCCUAUUAGACGCUUGCUGAAGAAUGAUGCGGCAGCUGGAGAGGAGUUGAUUCAGCAAGCAGUUCGAAAAUCGGAUGGAGUGUUUCUCUGGGUGAGACUCGCCCUCAACGAAUUG